AUGGCAGAAGAUGAGCCUGACGCUAAGAGCCCAAAGACUGGGGGAAGGGCUCCCCCAAGUAAUGCAGAGGCUGGUGAACCCACCACCCUUCUUCAGAAACUCAGAGGUACCAUUACCAAAGCUGUGCAGAACAAAGUUGAGGGGAUUCUGCAAGAUGUACAGAAAUUCUCAGACAACGACAAGCUGUAUCUCUACCUUCAGCUCCCCUCAGGACCCAGCACUGGAGACAAAAGCUCAGAACCAAGUACACUCAGCAAUGAGGAGUACAUGUAUGCCUAUAGGUGGAUCCGCAACCACCUAGAAGAACACACUGACACCUGUUUGCCAAAGCAAAGCGUUUAUGAUGCCUAUCGGAAGUACUGUGAGAGCCUUGCCUGUUGUCGCCCACUCAGCACUGCCAACUUUGGCAAAAUCAUCAGAGAAAUUUUUCCUGACAUAAAGGCCCGAAGACUUGGUGGCCGGGGUCAGUCUAAAUACUGCUACAGCGGCAUACGAAGAAAAACUUUGGUAUCUAUGCCACCCCUGCCUGGACUUGACCUGAAGGGUAUUGAGAGUCCAGAAAUGGGCCCAGAAGUAACCCCAGCACCUAGGGAUGAACUGGUAGAGGCAGCCUGCGCCUUGACCUGUGACUGGGCAGAGCGAAUCCUAAAACGAUCCUUCAGUUCCAUAGUAGAGGUUGCCCGCUUCCUACUACAGCAGCAUCUCAUCUCUGCCCGAUCUGCACACGCCCAUGUGCUCAAGGCCACGGGACUUGCUGAAGAGGAUGAACAUGUCGCUCGGGAACGAUUAUCUAAAUCCAAGAAUGGUGUUGAGAACCUAGAGAGUGGAGCCCAUAAAGAAACAGAGAGACCAGCCCAGCCUCCCAAGGAGCUAGAACCCUGUACUGGAGCUGGCGCCCCGGUGCGUGGAGAGCGGAAGAAGAGUGUAAUAGAGACCCCAGCCCCAGCUGCCAAUAACCCACAGGUUAAUGCCCUAAUGUCUCGGCUACCUCCGCUCCUGCCCCGGACCCCUUGCUCACAUAUUCAGCCAAUCCAAGUCUCUUCGCCUAUUCUGGCCCCCAAGCUUUCUUCAGGGCCCUUGAAAGUGACUACGCUGCCUCUGCCCAGUAGGGCUGUAGGACCUCUGGCACCUGUGCCCAUCAUUAAUAUGAUCUUACCAACUGUUCCUGCUUUACCUGGGCCUGGGCGAGCUCCAUCUGUGGGUUUGACUCAGCCCCGGUGCACAGAAAACAGGGAGGUAGGCAUAGGGGGUGAUCUGAGACCCCAUGACAAGGGUGUCAAGAGGACAGCUGAAGUACCUGUGAGUGAGGUCAGUGGGCAGGACUCACCAGCUAAAGCCCCAAAGCAAGAUAUAGAGGAUACUGGAGCUGAUUCCAAAAGAAAACGGGGUCGCCCUCGGAAGAAAUCAGGUGGAAGCAGGGAAAGGAAUUCUAUCCCGGAGAAGUCAACAGGUGCCAUGGACUCAGCCCAAUCAAGGGUACUACUGGAGACAUGGGGCUCUGGAAGGGAAAGCAAUUCAGCUGGAGGGUCUUACAGUCCCAGGCAAACGGGAGAGGCAGAGAAAGGGACAGUGCUUGCCCAGGGCCAGGAAGAUGGUGCUGUUUCCAAGGGAUUAAGGGGCUCCAGUUCUCAGCAUGCCAAAGAAGCAGAAGAUCAAAUUAUUCUUGUCACCCCUAAAGUGAGCGUCAUCAAGGGCAGUAGAAGCCAAAAGGAGGCUCUUCAGUUGGUAAAGGGAGAGAUAGAGACUGCCACACAAGGUAAUAAAGACUUAAAGGGGCAUGUGCUUCAAAGUCCCUUAGCCUAUGAAUGUAAAGAUCCCAAAGCAACACCCCCAUGA